AUGCUUGUUUCAUGUUGGGCACAACAUCGAUAUAUACCCGGUAUAUGGUCAGGCCCAUUAUUCUAUUUAAGUGAUAUUGAAGAAUUUGAUAGAAUCAACAAUCCCAAUAUCAACAACAUGAAUGAAAAUGAUCUACUUGAACAAUUUCUUCCAGUAACAUACAAACCCAGAAGAAAUUUUCGUAAAAUUUCUCGUGUUGGUAUUGAACAACGAAAGAAAAAAUUUUUAUCUGAAUCGUUGAAUUCACCAGAUGAACACAAUUUACAAGGUCUUUGGGCAAUGCCUGGUCGACGUUAA